AUGCAGUUCCACGAGGAGCUUCUGCGGUGGGAGGGAGCGGAUGAAAGCGCUGAGAGCGCGCUCCGGGAGCGGCUGGCGCGUUUGGUGCCAGGGAAGUGUGUUUUGGAGUUGACCGAGGAGAACAUCUUGUCCUAUGGGCAAGGGGAUUGGAGUCUGAUCGAGCGCGAUCUCUUCGCCGCGUUUUCUGCGGACCUGGCCCACUUUCUCUUGAAUUGCUUCAGAGAACUGGUGCAGACCUGCUUGGUUGUUCGGAGGGAGUUGAUCAACUACAAAAAGCUUUGCCUGCACAUGUGGCAAGCAGGCUCGCUUCUGGAGAAGGACCUCCGUCAGUUGGCGAGCUUCUUCUAUUGUGAGCUGGUCAAGGGCAGCAACAGCCCUGAGCAGGAGCGCUAUGUGAACAUCGCCAACGCCUUCAAUGAAUGCCGUGGGGCGCUGGCGGUGAUCUUCGAUGCGCGGCACUUCUCCAAGGCCAUCUGCGCCUGGCCGCGCCAUGUGAAGACCGGGGUGCCGUGGAAGUUCGAAGCGCUGCCGGAGAGCCUGGAGCUUUGGAAGCCCUUGGAUGAGGCCGAGCACUUCUUGGAACAUCACCAGGAGAUGGAUGCGUACUUCCAAGCCAUUCAUGAUGGCAGCCAGGAGGUUCCAGCCAUGCCGCGGCUCCAGAAGACUCCUUGGCGCUCGGAGCGGCAGUUUGUGGAGUCUCCCUUGGCCUCUCAGGGCCUCCAGGAGAUUCUCUCUUCCGUGAAGGCUGCUGGUUUGGAGCUGCCUGCGCGGGCGGACGACUACCUACGCUUGGUCUUGGUGGCACGGGGUGCGUCGAAGGCCCUGGCGCUGCGGUCUGCGCUGGGACGCUACGUGGAGGCACUCCGAUCGGCCUCCGAACGCGCCAAGCGGUUGGGGGAGCAGCUUGAAGAGCUGGCGUCGAAGUCCUGGCAUGGCAGCGCCAUUUCGGCUGGGCUACAUUUGCACUGUACGAGGCACAUGCUGGUCCUACAGGGCCUACGUCCCGUCCUCGCUGAGAUGCUGCGGUGGCUGGAGCCGAUUCAAGAGAUGAGGGCGGACGGCGAACGGCUCUUCGUUUCCGGCGCCAAAGGGGCGGCGGCGUUUGUGCCACGUGGAUUCGGCGACCUCCUGGCGCCCCACCGCGCUGCGGUCAAGCGCUUCCGGCCUUUGAUGCUGACCGCGCUCACCGGAGCUGGGCCGAGUGGGUGGCCGCGCUCGGCUCGACCAGGGAACCAGAAACACGUGGACGCUUGUCGCAUGUGCUCCGUGGAACUCAGCAGGCUUUGGUUGCAUCGAUCUCUUUGCCUUUUGUGCGAAGCGAAGCUUCGAUCGCAGGGCUGUUGCCCCUAUGGCGGCGACCGGUGUCUGCGGAGCUUCUGUCCACACGAGCAUCGCUGCGUGGUGUGCGAGCAGUGGUCCUGUGAGCAGUGUCAGCUUCUUCGUGGUGAUGGCGAAGACGUUUGGCAGCUGGUCAACCAGCGACCUGUGAACCUGCUGUUCUUGGACUUCGACCGAACCCUUUGCACGACCAAGGCCGGUGGCUCUCCUUUGCAGGGCUCACAUCGUUUGGACACAGAUCUGGCCACGGUGUGCCGCAUGAACUUGAAGGUGCUGAUCGUGACGCGGAGCUCGCGGAGCGAAGACAUCGUGGUCUUCUUGCGGCGCCACGGCAUUCGUGCACAGAUUGGAAGCGAAGGCCUUCAGGAGGUCGACCAUUGCCAGGGGAACGUCCAGGUGGUGAGCGUGAAGCGCGAGGGCUUUCCCUCCAAGGCCGCGGCCAUCCUCGCCGCCUAUGACACUGAUGCAGCUGGUCGAGGGGGUGCCCUCUUUGUGGAUGAUGACAUCAAGGAGCUCACAGAGACUAGGCUUUCACCUCCGCCAUCAGCGCAUGCGGCCGUGCGGCGCAGUGGUCCUUCGCCCAGCUGCUGCUCGCGGGCGCGCAGCCGCGAGGCGGUGUUGGAAUGGCAUUUCAACGGCCUUGCCGACCCCCUGUGCCGGAAUGCCCUGCUCUCGGCCCUGGGGCGGGCGGCACGCUGGCAAGAGGCCUUGACCAUGCUAGCUACUCUGGGGGAGCAGAGCAGCACAGCUUCGUGGAAUGCCAGUAUCACAGCUUGUGCUGAAGCUGCUGAGUGGCGCUCUGCUUUGGCGCUCCUAGCUGCAAGGCGCCGUUCUUUGACUAGCGACCUGGUCUCCUUCAACGCGGCGCUGGCGGCGCUGAGGAAUGCCAGCUGUUGGGAGAAGGUGCUCGGCCUCUUCGAGGACAUGCUCUGCAGCAAGCUCCGUCCGGAUGACAGUAGCCUCUCGACUGCUGUGGCCGCUCUGCAGCGGGCUGGAAAUCCCCAAAAGGGGCUUGACCUUUGGAACCACCACCAGCAGAGUGCAGACACUGCAUCCUACACGGCUGCACUGAAGUGUGCAGCCGAUGCUGAUGCCUGGUGCCUCGCCUUGUGGCUGACGCAGGAGAUGCAGCAGAAAGGCAUCUUCCGAAGCCGCCUGGCGGAGAAGGCCCUCCUCCGUGCCUGGGCAAGGGCCCCAGUGCUUCAGCUUCCAAAGGUCAAGCAGCUACUGUCGGAGGAGGAUCUGGCCUCCUUGGCCUUCUGUCUGGAGAAGCGACAUCACAGCCCCUCCUCCGAGACCGUCGCGUGGUCCUGGCCGAGCUUCCCCAGCCAGCCUCUACCGGCGGAGCUGGUGCCACGCAUGGCGCUGCAGCCGGUGGACCUGACACCAGUGGCUGCGGCCCUGGACCCCACUUGGCGCCUGUGGCCUUUGGGCUCCCGCGCUGAGGGCCUGGCCACCGAGGACAGUGAUGUGGAUGCUACGAUCAUCCUGCCCAACGGCCUCCAGGGUUCGUUCGAAGAGCAACGCGAGCUGCAACGACAGACGCUUCGGAGAGUCCGUGCUUCCUUGCCGCAGGCGGUGCGGGUGGAUGAGCUUGUCUUGGAGGCGAAGCGCCCGAUCCUUCGGCUCCACUGGGAGGACGCACACGGUGAAGGCCGGAUCUGGAGGCGUGGCGAUCUGUCGGUGGAGAGCCGCCAGGGCGCCCAGAAGAGCGCCUUAGUGGCGCAGCAUGUGCUGCUGGGGCAUCCCGCGCUGGGCGCCGCCUGUGCCAUGCUGAAAAGCUGGGCCAAGAGGCGAUGCAUCUAUGGCCAAAGCCACGGAUUUCCUUCAGGUUUGGGCUUCAGCUGCCUGGGCAUCUUCGCCGCGCAGCAGAUGCGGCCAGCGGCUGCUGUGUCGAUGGAGUUGAAGGUUGGCGAAGUGGCCAAUCUUGAGGAGGUCUACGAACAGCUCCAGCGCUCACAGCAACGCUCCGAGCUCUUGGAGGAUUUACCACGUCUGCUGCAGGGCAUCUUUCGCUUCUAUGCUGCGCUCUGGCCUGAAUCAGGGCGCCUUUUCCGGGUUGCAUUGGCCCAGCCGGUGGCCAAGAAGGGCAGGAGGCUUUUUGAUGAUGGUCUAAGACAGGACUGCGGAUUUGAUGCCUCCAUGGCCACCCUAGCCCGCCGACCCAUGCGGGCGCCACUGAAGGCCCCUUCCGAAGUCGAUGGUGAUGCCGACUGUGGAUGUUCCGAUCCGCUGACGCCGAACCCUGCGGCGGUUGACGCCGAGGAAGACUUCGAUUGGGCAAAGGAUGCUGUCUCGUUGCACUGCAGAACUCUAGUCAACCGCCAACCUGCCCGGCUGAGCAUUGAAGACCCUGUCACUUGGCUGUGGAGAAGUUCGGAUUUGGGUGAUGGGAUUCAGUUCUUCGAUGGAUUUGCAAAGAAAUGCAUUUCUGACGACAGAUCGGGCGCGCGAGCACGCAUGAGUUCUGUCCAGGUGCGCUCUGAUCUCUUGCAACGUGAAAUGAGAGCCGCCCAUGAACAGCUCCGAAAGCACCGCUGGGAAGCCUUUGGAGCGAAAGAUGGUGUGCAGUGUUGCUGA